AUGGUGGAGAAUGAUGGCGUCAGCUGCCGGUUUGAGGUUCAGGGCCGUAUCUCCUCCAUGACGUACAGCGAUGCCAGCAAUGCGUGUCUUGUAAGCACCAUCAUGAACGGAACUCAUAUUUUUAAUAUGGGCGAUUCAUCUGGUGUGUCCCCACAGUUUGCAGCUCGACUAGAGAGUUUUCCACACAACAUCGUUGGCGGUGAUCCCAUUAUUUCUUCCUGUUUUUUAUCUUCCGACUCGUGCCUGGCCGUUGGGUCAUCAGUGGGGGGGAUUGCAGUCGUCUCACGUCAAUCUAGAUCGGUGGUCAAGUGCUACACCUUUCAGGACGAAGCACCUGUGUUAUCAUUAAAGGAGGUGCCGCAGGAGCCCUCCCUGUUGUUAAGUGCAUCACCCGUGGGAGUACAGGUAAUAGACGUGGAACGGGCCGCAGUGCGGCUGAGCCUCGCCAUUUUAAAACCGCGCGUAAUUGGAGCUGUGGCGACCAGUAGAAACAAUUUUGCUGUGGCGAAUUAUGAUGGCAAAGUAAUGUUAUAUGACGUGCGCUGUGGGUGUGACCCAGUGACAGUACUUGCCGUACCGGACCAAAUUACUAGCAUUACAGUAUCACCAGAUUCCUCUGCCUUAGUUGCGGGGACAGUAGGAGGUCGUGUGUUUGUCAUGCGUUGUCUAGUGAGCAAAGUACGGGAGGAGGCGUUUGGCACAGGCAAGACACGCUCUCCCAUCCGCUGUGUUGCAAUGCAUCAUGGUUGCAUAGCUGCUGGUGAUAAUUCCGCUAAAAUUACACUCCUUGAUUCUGGGGACUGCCCGGCAGCAACAACAUACUGGACACCACAGUCCCUGCUACCACAUCUUGCGGCUGCCUCUCCUGCAAUGGUCUCGUCAUGGUCUGCCUCCUCCGUGUUGCUUCGUAAAGACUCUUUGUGGGGAGCACUGACGUCGUCAGAAAGUGCAACAUCUCAUGUGGUGAUGCUGUCGCUGUGA